AUGCCUUCAACCAGUGACCUCGCCGACCCUCAGGAAUAUCAAAAGAUAUUCCACUGGGCCGAGACGCAAAAGGACGGAACGGUCCCUUCUUUUGCGACAAGGCGCAACGAUCCUUAUAAAUACCAAGCUGGUUUUGGCAAUGCCUUCGCGUCAGAAGCGGUGCCUGGUACCCUUCCACAAGGCCAGAACAGUCCCCGCAAUGUCCGAUUCGGGCUGUACGCCGAACAAUUGACUGCUACUGCAUUUGUGGCGCCACGACAUGCUAACAAGAAGGCAUGGCUAUACCGCGCUCGCCCGGCAGUUGCGCACCAGGGUUUCACAGAAAUGCCCGACAACAAGGAUACCGAGUCUAACUUUCUUCCAAUGAAUCCUCGCAUUCAUGUCUCACCGACUCAGCUGGCCUGGCACCCCUUCGAUAUCCCCACCAGCGGCGAGGUCGACUUUGUCCAGGGAUUGAAGACUAUCGCGGGCUCGGGUGAGCCCACGCUGCGUGAGGGCCUGGCCACUCACGUCUACGCAGCCAACACCAGCAUGAAGAAGAAGGCCUUUGUUAACUCGGACGGCGAAUUCCUGAUUGUCCCGCAGCAGGGGGCCCUGGACAUUCAAACCGAGUUCGGGCCUCUCUUCGUUCAGCCCGGUGAGAUUGUAGUCAUACAGCGGGGCCUGCGCUUCUGCGUGGGACUUCCAGACGGGCCGUCGCGUGGCUACAUUCUCGAGGUCUGGGGUACCUGCUUCGAGCUACCUGAAUUGGGACCCCUGGGCGCCAAUGGGCUGGCUAAUGCACGGGACUUUUUGUGUCCCGAGGCUCAUUACGAGAUUGCUCAAGAGCCCUGGGAGAUUGUGUAUAAACUUGGAGGCAAGUUCUUCAACAGCAAGCAGAACCACAACCCAUUCGAUGUCGUGGCCUGGCACGGGAACUACGUCCCCUAUAAAUAUGAUCUGACAAAAUUCGUCAACGUCGGCUCGAUCUCCGUGGAUCAUAUUGACCCGAGUAUUUUCUGUGUGCUGACAGCCAAGUCGCGCGAUCUGACCGCACCCCUAGCCGAUCUACUUAUCUUUUCUCCGAGAUGGGAUGUUGCAUCGCACACCUAUCGGCCUCCAUACUACCACCGCAAUGUAGCCUCCGAAUUAAUGGGUCUGAUUUACGGCGACUACGGCGGCCGAAGUGACGCAUUCAAGCCGGGAAGCGUAUCGUUCGAAUGCGGAAUGGUCCCUCACGGCGUUGCAUAUGAGGAGUUCAAAGCGGCGUGCGAGAGCGCGCCGCCAGUGAUGCAAAUCUCCGAGUCGUCGAUUGCCUUCAUGUUUGAAUCCUGUCGGCCGUUUACGAUUACGGAUUACGCGUGGAACAGCGACAAGAAGCAUGAACAUGAGCCUAAGAUGUGGGAUAGUCUUGUGGAUAACUUCUCGAAGCAUGCAAAGGAGGUCGAGGAAAUCUUGGCCAAGACCAAGAAUCUAUAA